AUGGCCGCACCCGACGUCUCCGCCUCCUCAGAUCCCGCACUUUCCUCGAACAAUGUGGGGUUGGCUUCAGGAGUUGCAGGGGUGUUGUUGGAGAAGGGACCGUUGAGUGUGGGUCCCAUUGCUUUGGAAGAUGGAGAACCGCAGCUUCCGGUCGCUUCCGAAAGCAUUCCAGCCUCUUUGGAGGAUGCCCAGGGCCCUGGCGAGGAGCUGCCGGGCGAUGUACCUUCUCAGCCGGCCGAGCCGGUCCGGGAAGAGCAUUUGGCAAAUUAUGACUUCGAUGAGCAAGAGGAGCUAGAGUAUUAUCGAGAAUAUGACAAUGGGUUUAGUGAGGCCUUGCGAAACCUUUCCGCUGAUGCAGAAGCUGAGGCUGCUCUUGACAGGGCGCUCCACAGUCUUGUAGGUAGUGAGGAAUGCAUGAGCGAAGUGACCGAACAGGUGUCGGCAUGCAGUCGUGAGGCCGAUCCUGUCUUUGUACAAGAGCAGGUCAUGAACGAGCUUGUACGGCACCCAGUGCCACCACGAGGAUUUCAGCUUCCGUGGGAGCGAGGUCCCAUGAAGAGCAUCUUUGCCGAUAACUUGCCGAGCUUGCCAAGCUUGAAAGGGAUGCCAAGACGUAGCAUGCCGGAGCCCCCCCCCGUUGUGAUUGCACCGAGUCUUUCGCCAGCAGCCAAACUGCCCUCGCCGUCCGAGCCAAUCUUUAAGCUAGUUGUGAAGGUUGUUAAAGAUGUGGGAUAUCUUGAACGCCGUGAGGAGUUGCUUCAGGUUGGAAUCCACAAGUUGGCCAUCAACUUAGAGCUAGUGGGUAACGCCUUUGUUCCCCCGGAGCUUCUGCACCAAGGGCAGGUCGACGCUGAGUCGCUGGAAGCGGCAAUCGGGGUGAGGAGUCCUCUCACAUUAAACAAGCGUGUAGGCAACCUUGCGAAUUACUUGAAGUGGUGUAUGGAGUCGUGUGUUCAGAGCGGCUGUUACCUACACGAGGCCACCGUGUGGAGGUAUCUCAGCCACCUGAGGCAUUCAGGCUCGCCCCCGUCGCGAGGAGCCGACUGUGUAUCCAUGUUUCGGUUCUUACACCAUGUGUUGGGUCUGGACCUUACGCACAUCCUCAAAAGUAGACGUGUCAGCGGAAUCACUGAACAGAUGCGCACCGGCAAGGGUUGGAUUAAGCAAGCAUUGCCCCUCACGGUGAGUGAGAUCCUGUUCCUGCACCGGCUGUUGGAGCAACGCGAGCUGCACAAAUACGACCUUGCGAUGGUGGCAUACAUACUCUUAGCCUUAUAUGCAAGAGCCAGGCAUUCUGACCUGGCGGAUGUUCAGAAUGUCACGCAUGACCACUCACCGGCGGGAGGAUUUCUCAUCAUUGAGCUGGGUCAGCACAAGACGCGCCGUGCACAGGCGCGUUGCAGAGAGUUGUUGCCGGUUCUCAUACCGGCCAUCGGGGUGCACGGACAGACGUGGCUGAAUGCAGCUCAGGAGUGUUUGGAAGAUGCAGGCUUGAAGCUAGAGGGUGAGUUGAAGGGGCCCAUCCUGAGGGCACCCGCCAACUCAUAUGGCGACACCCUUUGCCUGCGUGAAAUCAGGUCACAUGAGAUCACAUCUUUCCUCAGGAAGAUUCUUCUGCCAGUGUCAAGCAAAGACAGGUUAUCAUGUGUGUCAUCGCAUUCGCUGAAACGAACCCUUCUCUCUUGGGCGGCGAAGUUUGGAUUGUGUGACGAUGUUUGUGCGGUGUUGGGCCGCCACACUUCAGCGACCGUCAGCUCACGAGCCUUGUAUGCUAUGGAUCUUGCCACGGCCCCCGCGCGGGAGCUGCAACGCAUGUUAUUGGAAGUGGCAGCGAAGCGCUUCGCACCUGAUGCUGCCCGGUCAGAGUAUUUUCCCUUGAGGUCACAAGCUCUUGAGUCGAAUGCACCGACGCUGCAUGAGCAGGAUCAGGCCCUUCGUCACUCAGGCUCAGACGUGAAAACUGAAGUCGCUGCUGUAGCGGGCCCCAUUGCCGACCCACCUGGUCCAGUCUGUGUAGACUCUGACUCUGAUUCAUCAUCUUCCAGUGAGAGCUCCAGCUCUGCAUCCAGUGAUUCGGGAGAAGUCCCCCCCAGAAUGCCUACCAAGGUACCAAGGCUGGACGUGGCGUGGCCGCGUCACGAAGUUGCUGUGCAUGUGAAGUCUCGCAUCGCACACAGGAUCGUCUUCACCUCGGAGGGAGGAACAAUGGUCUUCUCUUGCGGGCGCUCAGGGUCCCAGAAUUUUGAGAAGCUCCAAGGCUCACGAGAAGCAACGGCAUUUUGCCAGACAUGUCGGAAAGCCGACAAGUAG